UAGCAUCAAACCUCUUAUCAGUUAAACCCUCACGGUACGCCAGCUGUCUGCAAUUCUUCCCACUGUAUUCAUGGCAACUACGACAGAACCCACGGCUCUAAAGAGAGAGGAACAAGAGGACGAUGACAGCAAGCCAUCGGCUGAGGAUGAGGACACCGGUGCUCAGGUUGCUCCCAUCGUCAAACUCCAAGAGGUUGCCGUAACCACCGGCGAGGAAAAUGAAGAUGUUCUGCUUGAUUUGAAAUCAAAGUUGUAUAGAUUUGACAAGGAAGGCAACCAAUGGAAGGAGAGGGGAGUCGGAUCUGUGAAGCUUCUAAAGCACAAGGAGACCAACAAAGUUAGGCUUGUAAUGAGGCAGAACAAGACACUGAAGAUCUGUGCCAAUCAUCUAGUGUUGCCAACAAUGUCUGUGCAAGAGCAUCAAGGGAAUGAAAAGUCGUGUGUGUGGCAUGCCACUGAUUUUGCAGAUGGAGAACUAAAGGAGGAGCUUUUUUGUAUCCGGUUUUCUUCUGUUGACAAUUGCAAAACUUUCAAGGAUAAGAUUGAAGAAAUCACUGAAUCUCAAGCAAAGGAUGGAGAAGAGAGUGAAGAGGGAACCACCGCUGCUAGUCUAAUUGAACAAUUGAGCGUCAAUGGAAAACAAAAGGAGGAAGAUAACCCCGAUGCCAAAGGUAAAGAUCCACCUUCAUCCGCAGAAGAGAAAAAGGACGAAAACUAAUUACUAGUAAAACUUACUGCGGAGAAGGUUGCCUUUGGUAUUCUUUUGCCUACAUUUCUCGGGGGAGUUAUAAUGGUGAAUCUACCCAUUGUGAGGUAUAUUUUAUAAACAUUAUAGAAACAUGGAUUACGGUGUUUGCCUUGUGGGGUGUGGAUUACCUUAAGCUUUUAUGUUAUAUACAUGUGAAUGGAUUUGUACACAUUGUCUGUUCUGAACUAACACUUAGGUGCAUUGUGUUUGAUUUAAAAUCAUGAUUCAUGCA